CCACGCAAUACUUUUGCGUUCCCUCGCAAUACUUUUGCGUGCCCACGCAAUACUUUUGCGUUCCCUCGCAAUACUUUUGCGUGCCCACGCAAUACUUUUGCGUGCUCUUGCAAUACUUUUGCGUUCCCUCGCAAUACUUUUGCGUGCCCAGGCAAUACUUUUGCGUUCCCUCGCAAUACUUUUGCGUUCCCUCGCAAUACUUUUAUAUUAAGCAGGAUGUACAACACACUCGUUAGUUGCGUCACCGUGGACACAAUGGAGUUUCCUCACCCUCUGGAGAAGUUUAUUAAGUUUUAUUUUGAGAUCGGUCUGCAGUAUAAAGAUAUUGUAACUGUGCUUGCCCAAAAACAUGGGUUACAUAUAAGCUUGACGCAUUUGAAAAGACUUCUGAAUUUAUGUGGAUGUCAUCGAAAGGACUACUCAGAACUUGCAGUACUGGUCGAGUUCAUCCGAAGGGAGCUGCAGCAUUCAGGACAGCUUCACGGGUACCGAUGGAUGUACGCUAAAUGCAGGCAGCAUGGACUUUGUGUGAGGAAAGAAGAUGUGCGCCUGGUGCUGAAAGAGCUUGAUCCCUCAGGAGUUUCAAGAAGGCAAGCAAGGCGUCUCAGGCGAAGGAACUACUUUAGUAAAGGCCCAAACUUUAUCUGGCACGUUGACUCCUACGAUAAACUUAAGCCAUACGGACUUUGUAUAAAUGGGAGUAUCGAUGGAUUUUCAAGGAAAAUCAUCUGGCUGAACGUAUAUACGACGAGCAGUGAUCCAAAGGUGAUCGGAGGAUAUUACAUGGAAGCAGUGCAACGCCUAGGAGGCUGCCCCAGAGUCGUCCGGACUGAUCACGGGACAGAAAACGGCCACGUCAGAGACUUCCAGCGUCUCCUCUGCACUCCUGAUGGUGCUCCUGAGAGCUUCCUGGAAGGGGCAAGCACCGCUAAUCAAAGAAUUGAAUAUUGGUGGCGGUUUCUUCGCAGCGAGUGCUUGGAGUUCUGGAUCUCCCUGUUUGCUGAUCUCAGAGACAAUGGAUAUUUUGACGGUGGUUUUCUGGACAAAAGCAUACUUCAGUUUUGCUGUAUGGGACUUAUACAAGAUGAGCUGGACGACACUGCACAAGUCUGGAACGCACACCAAAUCAGGCCAUCGAAAAACAUAAACGUUCCCAGCGGCCGUCCAAAUGUGAUGUACGCUCUUCCGGAACUCUACAGGACGAGAGAUUUUCUUUCACCUACUGAAAAUGAACAUGUGCAACUAUGCAAAAAUGAAUGUGUCUUUCGGCUGACCAUACCAUGUGAUCCUGAUGUAUAUGAGCUGUGCAAUUUGUUCAUGUCUGAGUUCCGCCGGAUGGCACCAACAGAUCCAUAUCAGGCUAUUGACUUGUACAUGUGUCUCAGAGAAGCCAUCAGUGCAGUUCUCUGAAUAGUUGGAGGUAUUCCGAGGAGGGAAAAACGUGAGACUCA